AUGAGACAUCGUACUCUAUCCUCUUUCCCGGCCCUGUGGGCCUCCAUCCCCUGUCCACGCUCGGAACUGCGCCUGGACCUGGUUCUGGCUUCCGGACAGUCCUUCCGGUGGAGGGAGCAAAACCCUGCGCACUGGACUGGCGUGCUGGGGAACCAAGUAUGGACACUGACCCAGACUGAGGAGCAGAUCUACUGUACUGUGUACCGAGGGGACAAGGGUUGGGUUGGCAGGCCCACACCAGAAGAGCUAAAGACUGUGCACCAGUACUUCCAGCUGGAUGUCAGCCUGGCUCAACUAUAUCACCACUGGAGUUCCGUGGACCCCCACUUUCAAGAGGUGGCUCACAAAUUCCAAGGUGUUCGACUUCUGCAACAGGACCCCGUCGAGUGCCUUUUCUCCUUCAUCUGUUCCUCCAACAACAACAUUGCUCGCAUAACCGGCAUGGUGGAACGCCUCUGCCAGGCUUUUGGACCUCAGCUCAUCCAGCUGGAUGAUGUCACCUACCAUGGCUUCCCCAGCCUGCAGGCCCUGGCUGGGCCAGAGGUAGAAGCUCAGCUCAGGAAGCUGGGCCUGGGGUAUCGUGCCCGCUACGUGAAUGCCAGUGCCCGAGCCAUCCUAGAAGAACAGGGCGGGUUGCCCUGGCUGCAGCAGCUGCACAAGGCCCCCUACGAGGAGGCCCACAAGGCCCUCUGCACCUUGCCUGGGGUGGGCACCAAGGUAGCUGACUGCAUCUGCUUGAUGGCCCUAGACAAGCCCCAGGCCGUGCCCGUGGAUAUCCAUAUGUGGCAGAUUGCCCAGCGUGACUACAGCUGGCACCCCACCAUGUCCCAGGCCAAGGGUCCAAGCCCCCAGGCUAACAAGGAACUGGGAAACUUUUUCCGGAGCCUGUGGGGACCUUAUGCUGGCUGGGCCCAAGCAGUGCUGUUCAGUGCUGACCUGCGCCAACUCCACCGAGCUCAGGAGCCACCAGCAAAGCGCAGGAGAUCUACAGGCCUUGAAGGCUAG